GACAUUGCUCUGAUUGGCGAAAAGGGCUCAGGGAAAUCUACUUUGGUGAAGGCGUUCGCAUCCAUCUUGGGCUACAGGACUCGCGACAUCUUCUGCUACCGCGACAUGAGCUCAAGAGACCUGCUACAACACCGUACGACUGAUCCUUGGGGAAACACGGCUUGGGCGGACUCUCCAUUGGUGCAGGCUGCGAUUCAUGGCGACUUGGCGGUACUGGAUGGCAUUCAUCGUUUGGCCAAGGGAACACUUUAUGGCGCUUUGGGACCUCUUUUGGCAGACCGAUGGUGCUCACUGCCAGAUGGAACGCUUCUCUUCUCUGCCAGCCAGUGGUCCACAUUGAUGAACAGAGGUGAGAAGGUGAAAGCAGCGCUGCUGGCCUCAGGAGCUCGGAAGGUCAGCCCUGCGUUUCGAGUGAUCGCCUGUGGUGACUUGCCAGAGCCUUCAAAGCCCGGCAUGUCUGGAAACUGGAUCGAUGAUGAGGUGUCAACGCUCUUCAACUUUCACGUGCUGCUGGACCUUCCAUUUCCUGAACUGCGCAAAUUGGUUGAGACUGUUGCCUCCAACCACUCGAAUGCUGACAACGAGGCAAAGCAGCGCAUCGGCAAGCUUCUUUCCUUCAGCCAAGCGGUAAAGGCUGCAUGCAAGGACCCUGAUCUGAAGCCACUGCAGCUGAGCCUGCGAGCUUUGUUGAGGACUGCCAAGCUUUUGGCAAGCCAGAACGAUUUGGCCGGUGCACUUGAUAGAGCUUUCUCAGCACGCUUCAAGUUUCUGGAAGCCUUUCAGCGGGUGAAGGGCGAGAAGCUCCUUGCCGAGGCCGGAAUAGAAGCCUUGGAGACCACUGCAAGAUCUGCAGAGUUGUCGCCCAAACAAUUGGACUGCUUGCGACGGAGUCCUGCUCGUCCAGAGCUUGUUCCAAAGGUGCAAUUUGUGCAGAUCGCCAACCACCUCGUGGUGCUGCAGAACAUGUUGGCCAGCUGGAGUGCUGGGCAGCACCUUUUGCUGGUUGGCAAUCAGGGGGUGGGCAAGAACAAGCUUGCUGACCAUAUGCUGUCGUUGCUCUGCUGCGAACGUGAAUAUGUCCAGCUCCAUCGAGACACUACGCUGCAGAGUCUGACGGUGACGCCAACCCUUCAGGCUUGGACAGUUCCAGGUACCAUACGAGACUCGCUCGGCCAGGCUGGGGUCGUGUCUUGGCGAGACUCGGCGCUUCUUCGUGCUGCCAAAGCAGGGCGAUGCGUGGUGGUGGAUGAGGCCGAUAAGGCUCCACUGGAGGCGAUGGCGUUCUCCGCUGGAGAACCCCCCAAAUUGUGGAGACUCUAG